UUCCUUCCAUCCUUCCACCUCUCUGCUUCAUUUGUUCUCAGACUAACAAGAGAACGUCCACACUGAACUGGUGAAGCGUUACAUCUCAUCUAAACCUGUUUAUGAGUGCAUUAUGAGUCGGCUGGAGGAGCUUUGUUUUCGGGUUCACAGAAUGGACUUAGAGGAGGAUUUCUACCCUUAUGGAGACGGAGGCGAGCUGCGCGCAGCCCUGCGCCGGAAAGAGGAAGAGCUCGUGCUCGCGGCUCAGCUCGGGAACGCGCUUCUGAACGAGAACCGGCAGCUGAAGGAGGAGAAGAACAAACUGCAAGAACAGAACACGGAGAAGAUCGAGGAGCUGGAGCAGGACAGACACAAUCUGAGGCUGAAGCUGCAGGGAUGCCAGGCUCAGUGGGAGAGUCAGGUGGGUGAGCUGGAGCGGGACGUCCGGGUGCUGAACGCUCGGGCUGAACGACUGACGAGGCAGCUGAAAGAGGCAGAGAAGGAGAAGAGUCGGAGUGAAGAGCAACACAACCAGAUCAGUCAGCAGCUUCAGGAGCAGCUCCAGGCGGCCAUGGAGGUGAAACUGGCCGUUACGGCUGAGCUGCAGAGCCUGAAACAGGAGCUGGGAGAGAAAAGCCACCCAAGACUACAGGAUGAAGAAAUGCUCAGUGUCCUUAAAGAACAAGUUGCACGACUGACGGAGCGGGAACAGUCCCUGGAACAGAGGUUGGAGACGGUGUGCAAAGAGAACGCUGGUCUGCGAGACAGUGUGUCCUCAUUAUACACACAACUGGCCCUACAAGAGCAACAGAUUAACACACAAACACAACAGCUGGCAGAAGCCUGGCAGGAAGUGGAGCUUAGGAAAGACAAAGUACAAGAUCUCCAGUCUCAGAUAGAGGAACUACAGGAAGAAGUUUCUCUCCAGAGGACCGCUGAUGGGAACACGUCCCUGCUUUCAGAGAUGGAGCGUAGCCUAGAGGCCGUCAACUGGAGCCCAGACAAGGAGCAGGUCAUACAGGAAGUGAGCUCCAUCUUACACAUGCUGCUUCCUGUUUCCCGUGGUUCUGAGGCCCAGUGCAAUCAAGACGAUAGACUGCAAAGCAUGCUGGGACAGCUGAAGAGUGCAGCAGAAAGGAUUGUGCACAAUGAGACACUGCAGGAGAUGAACAGGCCCAUUGUGGGAGGAGACACGGCGCCGUGUGAGAAUACGUCCUGGAUACAGGAGCUGCGAGAUCAGAACACACAGCUCUUAAAUGAGAACGCUGAACUCCGGCUCAAAGCUGACAGCAGGCUGGAUAAAGAGAUCAUUCAGAGAGCUAUUAAAGACAGAGAUGACGCCAUUUCAAAGAAAACAGCAGUGGAGGCAGAACUGGUGCGGUGCAGAAAUGAUAUGAUGUAUCUGAACAACCAACUGCUGGAGGCCAUCCAGCGUAAACUGGAGCUGUCUCAGGAACUGGAGGCCUGGCAGGAUGACAUCCAGGUAAUCAUUAACCAGCAGCUAAAGAGCCAAACAGAGCAGCAGAUGCAGUCAAAGAGGUCAGGAGGAAGUCGCCUGUCUUUUUUCCGCAAACCACUGAAAGCAUCGUCCUCUGUGUCCUGCAUACCGGAAGCCACUGCAGUGCCAAACCGCUCACCCUGGAAAAACUGGCUGAAUGUGGCCAAAUAAACUGCACUCAGACACAGUACAGGAAAUGUGUACACACCCAACACACAUACACCCAACACACACACACACACACACACACACACACACACACUGUCUCUCUACAGGCUGUAAAGAAUUUAGUUCUCAGGUAAGAGGGCAGGUGAGAAAGCAUUGUCACGACAGAAUCCCGUCAGAAAACACUAUUAAUAUAAUCAUUUAACCUUCCUGGAAAUAUACAGUAGAUGGAUGAAGAUGAAGUGUGUGUGUGUGUGUGUGUGUGUGUGUGUGUGUGUGUGUGUGUGUGUGUGUGUGUGUGUGUGUGUGUGUGUGUGCGUAUUAAAAACCACAGCUGACAUUGACGUCUGUGUGGUGAUGAUGAAGUAAAGAAAAAUUCACUGGAGGAUCACAGACUAUUUUCUGCUCAUGUUAUUUAUUUAAAAUACAACAGAACAAAUCUAUAAUUUAGUGGCUGCUCUUACAGGAGAUAUUACAAGCCUUGUAGAGGACGAUUCAGGAAAAGCAUUUCUAUUGCAAUGAAACGCAUCGUUUAAAGCAUGCACGAGUAAACGGAAAUGUGUUCAUACAGCAUCAAAGUCUGCAAAACUUAGAACAAUAAAUUUUACUUUUUGUAAAUAUUUUGUUUUUUUUUUUAAAUAUGGAAGAAUAACUCAUAUUGAGUUUACAGUAUUAUUAUAUAUAUAAAAAAAAACAACAACACUGGAGGAUCUGAAUGUUUUGGGCUUGUUGUAUGUAAGUAAAUGACUUUUCAGUAUUUAUCCUUCGUGCUACAUCACGUUGCUCAUCUCUGUGUACAUUAACUUGCUGCACGUCUUGAACAUUUCCACCUCAUUUGUUCAUCGUCUGGCUCACGUGUAAAUUAAGUGUUGUUUUUUUUUUGUUUGAGAGUAAAACAGACUCGUUUUUAACUUAACUGUGUUAAGGAGCUGAAGGAUCAAAAGCCCAUAUAGCUGCCCUAUAAAGUUAAACCCAGUUUAGUAUUGUUAAGCUUAUUAUUAUUAUUAUUAUUAUUAUUAUUAUUAUUAUUAUUAUUGAUCAGUAAUAAAUUGUAUGUAUAGAUUAAUAUGGUUCUAAAUGCAUGUUUAUAAUGUGAAUAAUAACUUGUGUGCAGUUUUUGCCUUAUACUGUACAAUAAAAAUGUUUGAUUCCA